UUACCAAAUAAAGUACAUGAGUUUUCCAAAAAAGAAAACGACCAACAAGCACUAGGUCAAGAUAAAAAAAUACAACUACUGACACACCAAGCCUCAGAGGCAAAAAAAAAAGAAAAAGAAAAAGAAAAGAAGUCAAGGUCUUCUCCUCAUCAAAUAAAUAUAUAUAAAUCCUCAGUCUGCAGAACUCCAAUUCACAAGCAAAUUGCAGCGCAGCAUCCAUCCCAUCCCAUCUUUCCAUCCAUGGGGGUGUUCGACGAUGGCUGCGGCGAGUGCUGCUCCAGCUGGAAGGACUUCUGCUGGUGCCUCCUCUGCAUCGCCAUCCUCCUCGCCAUCGCCCUCAUCGUCGUCCUCGUCGUCGCCUUCGGCUUCGUCGUCCAGCCCUCCAUCACCGUCGACGACGCCUCCCUCACCCGCCUCGCCCUCGCCGCCACGCCCACCACCGCCCUCGCCUACAACCUCUCCCUCGCCCUCACCUUCCGCAACCGCAACUGGGCCAUGUCCAUGAAGAACGUCGAGCCGCUCGAGGCCGCCUACAGGUUCGACGGCCAGCAGUUCGACCGCAUCCAGCUCGCCGACAAGGGCGCCAAGCAGGGGCCCAAGAAGACGGUGGUGUACAGGCUCUCCUCCGGCAGCGACGCUGCCGCGGCGCCCGGCCUGGGCAACGCCGGCGUCGCCGAGUUCAAGAAGGAGAACGCCACGGGGACGUUCGAGGUGGAGGUGGGGGUCACCGGCAAGGUGAGCUACACGGCGCGGAUCACCAAGUGCAAGAUCGAGGCGACGUGCAAGCUCAAGCUGCAGCUCGCGCCGCCGGGGCAGGAGCCGGCGGCGGUGGUGUUCCAGAAGGUCAAGUGCAAGCUCGCCAAGGCCGAGAAGAACUGCUAGUUUAGUGCCAAAGUAGCGGUUGUUGUUGCAAUUGUGUUAAUUAAUUUGGAUAUUUGUGCAAUUGUGUUUAAAUAAUUUGCAAGUGGUGAUUGUUUAGUGCUACUUGUGUAUUGUGUGAGUGAUGUCUUUUCCUGCACAAAGUAUUAAUCUAAUGUGCGGUUUAGUUUGGGUUAAUUAGCUGUUCUAGUCAGGGGAGUGACAGCUAAGCUAGCCGUUAGUUUGGAAGGUUGUUGUUUUAUUAUUGUUGGACCAAAAGUGUAUUACUCCUAGAAUCUUUUCUUUACGAUUUUGUAUAUUGAUUCAUGUUUAAUUGGGAUUUAAAAUCAAAGUGACUGGAUUGAAUUGA